AUGGCUAGGAGUUUGGAAAAAUCCAACCUAAAUACCUUAGCAAAUGCAAGCAGAACAGUAGGUUUUAAUGAAAACUUUAUUUGUAAGAAACCUCUGAAAAAAAGUCAAGACCAAGAUAAAAUUAAAGAAAAAGUUAAACAUGACAAACAACCAAAACAAACAGAACAAGUGCUACAAAAUAGUCAUGUGAAAUACGAUAACAAGAAGACUCAAGAUACAAGUCAUGUGACUAAUGAAGCAGCAGAAUUUAGUACAAAAAACCCUUACACUAAGGAACUUAGUCUAGGAAUGAACCUUAAUGAUGAGAAAGUAGAGCAACCAAAAGCAGAAAUUGAAGCCAAUAAACAACCAAGAACAGAAACUGAAAUAAAUAAUAGUGCUAAAAGCACUCAAUUCAUGCUUUCAGAGGAAACUAUACAAAAGAAAAUUGCAUUAAAUACACAAGAAAUAUGGCAAGAAAAUAGGCUACAUGACCCAAUGGCAUCUUUAUACAAUGAUAUGCCAAUGAUUAUGAUGUUGACAAACACUAAACAAGAAGAUUCUGAUGGGUUUAAAGUAGUCAUCUCUAAGAGAAAGCAUAAACUCAAAUCCAAAAUAGCUAUCUUAGAGGAAAACAAAUUUAAUAAGUUAAACUCAAAG